ACUUGGUUUGCAGAUCUGAAAUAUGAUGAGUCCUUUGUGCUAACAAUGACCCAAGAUGGAAACAUCAAGUUUAAACCAAUCCAAGUCUUCUUUCUCCCAUACUCAGUUCAUCUUGCUCACCUUCCCUGGAGUCUCCUCACACAGGUACCUCCUCGUCAUCCCCUUCUUCUCUACAUAUGUGGUGAUCCUCUAUUGUAACUCUCUGGUCAUCUACAAAAUAUGGAUGGAAAAGAGACUGCACACCCCCAUGUACUCUCUAAUUGCCCUGCUCCUUUUGGUAAACAUCAUCUGCACCACCACUGUCCUACCUAAGAUGGUCCUGGUCCUGCUAGGACUAAACCAGAUUUCUUUGGUGGAAUGCCUGGUGCAGAUGUUCUCGGCUAUAUCCAUGAUUAUGUUGAAGUCCAUUAUGUUGCUUCUCAUGGCCAUGGACAGGUAUGUGGCAAUCUGUAAGCCUCUGCGCUACCACAACAUCAUAACCAAACGCUUCCUGGCCCAACUGUUGGCCUUGGGCUUGACACGGAACUGCCUUUUUCUACUCCCUAUUGUCAUUUUAUCCUCUAAAGUCCAAUUCUGCAAGUCCAAUGUUAUCUGGCACUAUUUAUGUGAAGACAUUACGCUUCUCAGUCUUGGAUGUGGAGAAGCACCCCGGCUUCAAGUUUUUGGGAUAUUGGUGAGAACCAUCAUCACAGUGUGUGAUGUCAGUAUCUUCAUUGUUUCCUAUAUAAAAGUCCUUCACACAGCCAUGCAACUUGUUGUUGGACAAGCCAGACGUACCGCCUUGCACACGUGUACAACACAUCUCCUCGUGGCCAUUCCCAUCUAUUCAUUUGGCCUUCUGUCCUCCAUUGUGAAUAAAAUAGAAGCCUCCAUCUCAUAUGACAUUCGGAACCUCUUCAGUGUCUUUUACAUCUUCCUCCCAGCCUUUGUCAACCCCAUUAUCUAUGGCUUUAGGGUGAAGGAGAUUAAGGGCUCCUUGGUGAAACCCUGGUGGAAGAAAUGA